CUUUGGGAGGCCGAGGCAGGCAGAUCACUAGGUCAAGAUAUAGAGACAAUCCUGGCCAACAUGGUGAAAUCCCCUCUCUACUAAAAAAUACAAAAAUUAGCUGGGUGUAGUGGUGUGCACCUGUAGUCCCAGCUACUAGGGAGGCCGAGGCGGGAGAAUUGCUUGAACCCAGGCGGCAGAGAUUGCAGUGAGCCGAGAUUGCGCCACUGUACUCCAGCCUGGCGCUUGGCGUCAGAGCAAGAUUCUGUCUCAAAAAAAAAAAAAAAAAAGACAGAACACAGAAUAAUUAGCUAAGUUAACAGAGAAGCAUAAUAUAUAUGUUAUUGGAAUCCUCAAAGGUGAGAGUAUGUGUGCAGAAAACAUAUUUAAGCAAAUAGUGACUGAUGCCUUUCUGAAUUUAAUAAAUGCAAAAAUAGAAGAACCUCAGUGAAGUCCAAGCACAAGAAACAUGAAGAAAAUACACCAAGACAUAUAAUAAUCAGUUUCCCUAAAAGUAGUAAUAAGGAUAAAUCUUAAAAGCAAACAGAAAAAAAUGACACAUUAUAUACAGAAAAACAAAUUUAAAAAUAUGGCAGUUUUUGGUGGGUGUCAGGAACAAUGCAAGUGAGAAGAGAGUUUAACAACAUCUCAGAAUAUUGAAAUAAAAUAGUUACCAACCUAGAAUGUUAUCUCCAUUGAAAAUAUCUCACAGAAAUGAAGGUUAAGUGAAGACUUUCUCAGAUAUAUGAAAGCUGAAACAAUUCCUCACUGCCAGAGUCCCACCCUGAGACCCAUUAAAGAAAAUCCUUCAAGAAGAAGGAAAAUAACAGCAAAAUUGAGAUACAAAUCUAUGCAAAGGAAUCAAGCCACAGAAAAUGGCAGUUAUGUGAAUAGAUACAUGUGUUAGUAUUCUAGGACUGCUGUAACAAAGUACUUCAAUCCGGAUGUCCUAAAACCACAGAAAUGUAUUGUUUCACAGUUCUGGGUCUAAACCUUCAAAACGGAGGUGUUGAGAGAGCAAUAUUUUCUUUUUCUUUCAUUUUUUUUUUUGUUUUGUUUUGAGACAGAGUUUUGCUCUUGUUUACCCAGGCUGGAGUGCAAUGGCGUGAUCUCACUGCAAUCUCCGCCUCCUAGGUUCAAGCAAUUCUCCUGCCUCAGCCUCCCGAGUAGCUGGGAUUACAGGCAUGCGCCACCAUGCCCAGCUAAUUUUUUGUAUUUUUAGUAGAGAUGGUGUUUCACCACAUUGACCAGGAUGGUCUCAAUCUCUUGACCUCGUGAUCCACACGCCUCGGCCUCCCAAAGUGCUGGGAUUACAGACAUGAGCCACUGCGCCGGGCCCGAGAGGGCAAUAUUUUCUAUGAAACAUUUAGGGAAGAAUUCUGCCUUGCUUCUUUGUAGCUUCUGGUAUUUGCUGGCCAUUCUUACCUUCUUCAGCUUGCAGAUGCAUCACUACAAUUGAGGCAGGAGGCGACACACAACUCCAGAGGUGGGGCUUGGACAGGGGACCAAACUGAGGACUACCUAAAACAGGGAUGUGGUGGAAACAGCUUUUCAUAAAACAUGCUUACCAGUGUGUGUGCCAUGUCAGUUUACCAUUGCCAUGGCAAAACCUGGGAGUUACUGCCCCUUUCCAUGGCAAUGACCCAACAACUCCAAAGUUACUACCCUUUUUUUUUCAUUUGUGUAUGAACUGCCACUUAAUCUGCGUGCAAUUAAAAGCAGGUAUAAAUAUGACAACAGAAAUGCCCUGAGUUGCUACUCUCUGCCAAGGAGGUUGUCCUACUCUGCAGGAGUAGUCAUGGAAGCUGAUUCCUUCCACCACUGGCUUGCCCUUGAAUUCUUUCCAGGGUGAAGCAAAGUACCUUCCCAGGCUAAUCUCCAGGUAGCUAAGCUCCAAUGUGGAGCUCACCAGCCUUGCAUCGCAGCGUGUACCUCUGUCUUUAUAUGACCUUCUCUCUUGGGUAUCUGUGUUUCUGCAUCUCUAUAUCUGUGUGCCUCUUUUCCUUUAAAAACUCAGUCACAUUUGAUUGGAGAUCUGCCCUGCUUUAGGAUGGUAACAAUUAACAUAACAUCUGUAAUGAUUCUAUUUCCCUUGCAGUUAGGACUUCAAUAUGUCAUUUGGGGGAACACAAUUCAACCCAUAAAAAGACAUAUGGAUUUUUUUCUUACUCAAAUUUCUUUAAAAGAUAAAUGACUAAAAUAAUGCAGUGUGGAUUUAUUUUACUUCAUAACUCCAGGCGUUCUGUUCAAUAGGUAUAAUUGUUUCUAUGUUAACGUUAUUUCAGUUUAAAAGUAUAUAUUCAUGGGUGCUUUUUUUCUGUUAUUUAAAUUUAGUUGAGCUCUCAAGAAAAUCUAGCCAGUGCCUACCUGAUGUGAACUGUUGAAUAUUGUACGUAUAUUAAAGUCACAGCAUUAAAAAUAAGUUGGUAACUCAAAAAUAUGUGGCUAAACAGAAUGCAGUAUUAAACUAAAUGGAGAACCUCAGGAAUGUAACAGAUUCCAUAGACAAGAAAAUGCUUCUGGCUCAGUGGUUUGCUUCAGUCUUUGGGAGAGAAUCCCCGUAAUACAUACACCAGUAGUGAAUGAGAAAUCUCACAGACUUCUAGGAAAAAAAAAUUUGAAAUCAGACCUUAAAAUAUCAAAUGCAUAUUUUUCUUCCAACAGUCUCUGCCCCUACAGAUUUUAUCUCAUAGAGACUAUGUUUUAUUAAUUAGAGCAGGAGAAAAGAGGGUGAAGAGGGUAUUUUCUUACUUUAUCAUUUGGAAAUUGUAAAACUUUGCAAUCAUUGCCUCUCAACUUCAUUGCCUAAUUGCAUUCUGCUACAUGCAUUAGCACUACUACCCUUGCAUUGCCUGGCGCUCCCAUUCCUAAGUGAAAACACCCACAUGUACACACACACACCCCACACAUAUAUAUCACGGAACUUUUGGUUUAACCACCCAGCCAUGGUUUCCACAGUCAUAAACCAUUUAAGUCAAAAGCAAUCACCAUUACCCUAGACACCACUGUCGUAAGAGCAGGGAACUGCUUGACCUGGGUCAAAAUGUGCCUCUUCCAUGCUCCAUGGACACUUGGAAAAAGAUUUCUAUUACUUAUUCCUGGCACCUGGAAAUACUAUUUUUUAUGGAGAACUAGGGGGAAUUUUAACUUGUUAAAAUCUCAGAAGGGAGAUCUCAACAUCUCAAAAGAAAGCUCCCACUCUCAUGAUCACAGAACCGUUUAGGUCAAAGUGACUUAAGAGAUUCUAUAGAACAAAACUGGCUUAGAAGGACUGAUUCCACAAAAAUUAAUAAUAAUAAAAGACAAAGCAAGGAUAAAUUCAGAAUGGAAAUAAUUAGGCAUUGAUAACACUUCUGAAAUUAUUUUUGAAACAGCAGUAGCUCUUUGGAAUACUUGUCACAACUUAAGCCUUUAGAACAAUUAAAAUCCAUCUACAUCAGUUGGUGAAUUAAAUGUGCAACAAACAGUAAUGAGAUGGAGCAAAGGAAAAUGGAAAUUUUGUCAGAGGUAAUUUGAAGAUCCUCAAGAUUUUAUAGACCACCUUAAUAGACAUAGCUAUCCAAAUGUGUAUUUUUGUUUGCAUUUUAAAUGUAGUGAGUCAUUUAAGCUGCCAUUCAGCUUGCCCAGCAUACAAAACAUCACAGGGUAUUUCAAGCUCAGUUUAGUUUUCCAGGAUAUCAUGAGCUUUUUGAAGAUCUUCUUGUGCUCUAUGAACAUGAAGCUCAGCAUUAUUUAAGUAAAACACCAGAAUAAUCUGCACAACCAAGUGAAACAGUUCUUUGGGAUGUUCAUGAAGAUUCAAAUUCUACUCAUUAGGAAAAAGACUCAUCCAGUAAUGAGAAACAAAUUAUUUGUCUGCCAGUUUCUACUAGCCAAUCAAGGAAAGAUUCUACAGAACCAAAGACAUGUAUAGAAAGGAUCGAAAGGAAGACUGUUUAGUUCAGAAUGGAAAUGAAUGUUCUGAUAACACUGUUUCAAAUAUAAACUUGAUAGACCAAAAGAUGCCUGACAUAGAGCCAAAUUCUGAAAAUAAUUGUAGUAGUAGUGAUUUAGUCAACGGGCACAGUGAAAUAGAGCAAACACCUUUAAUUUCAUCAGAUCCUGCUUUGAAAAUUGAUAGAAUCAGGACAGAAUAUGGUUCCAUUGUACCUGGUGUUGUACCACAAGAGAACAAUACCUUGCCAGUAUCUCAGGCACCUUCCAAACCAAAUCUGACAAGUGAACAUACUUCGUCUGGCUUAAUUUUAACCAAAUCAUUUACCUUAAUCAGUGGUAUUUUACUGACUGGUAGAGUAGAUGCCUCUUCCGAUCAAGUUAAUGUGUGUUUAAAAAAAACAAUGAAAAGAUUAAGAUGUGGCAAAUGCCCAACCACCUGCUGUAAGGCCGAAGCCCUUGAGGCUCAUCUUGCACAAAAGAAAUGUCACACACUCUUUGGAUUUCAUUCAGAUAACAAAAGUGCCUGAUAAAAAUGUUUCAGAAAGAUCUGUAAAGCAGUAGUGUGAAAAAAGCACUAUACAAAAAUGCAUCAUCAGUUUGCUAUUUCCCUGAUGGCUGUAAUUUUCUAGAAUGAACUCACAGAGAUGUGCUGACUUACACUCCAAAAGGGUUAUUAUAAAACUCCCAAAGUACCAGUUUUCCAGAAAACCACAUUUUAAAAAACUUGAUGAUGAUUAAUAGCAGCAGUGUGUUCAGUUUUACUUAUAUGAGAAAUACGUUAAGCAGCUAGUCAGAAAACCAGCCAUGGCCUUACAGAAAGGGAAAAGUUAACCCACUAUUAAAAAGUGUGUUGGGGGAGGAGGGCUGGUUUAAAAUUCUAAACAAUUUAAAGUAUUUUGUUUUACAAAUGGGGUUUGUUUUCUUGUCACACACAAAUAGAUUAUGUCUCCUCCCUUCUGGUCAAACGAUUUAAGGAACCGAUGCUGUUUGGUUUGUGAUAGGAUUUAGAAACUUACUGGUUAACUUAGCACAGUGCUAUCAACUGAAGAUUUUAACUGGUUUCCGGAUGAUUGAUUACAUCAAAGUUCAGUGAAUGGCAUGCCAGCCUUGAAAAUUAAAAAACAAAACAAAACAAAAUAGUACUUUGCUAAUCAGCUUUUGAUGGAACCUCCCACUAACCACUUUUGUGGCUCAAACUAGUUACAUUUAAAGGGCACAAUGUCAAUAAAAAAGAAACAAAUACCAUCAGUAACUGGGAGAGAUGAAAGGAAUCUAAGACCUUUAUAGGCCUUGUAGAUGAAGGAAAACACUGAAUUGCAAAUUCUUCAAUGUGAAUAGUGGUAAAAGCACAAUGGGAUAUUUCUGUUUGUAUAUAUGUCAGGACAGUGCUUGGUGAUUCAUAGUAAGAUCCUUUAGACAUUAAUUUGAGUUAUGUAAGUACAAUCCUAUUAAAAUAACUGGCUCAAAAAAUCAGCUGAGAAUCAGAUUGCAAAUUCAUUCAUUUUCUAUUAGGAGAGGUAAUUCCAAAUAAGCCAUAUUACUCCUGUUUUUUAAGUCAUUAGUGAUGGAUGUGGUCUGAAUGGCAAUUUUUAUAUGUAAAAGGAAGUAUUUACACAAAAAUUUGCACAACAGGAACACAAUAAGAGAUACAUCUGGGCCUUGUUUUCCUUGGUGAUAAGUUAUUUUUCUAAAGAAGAUUUUAACUUAAUUAUUUUUUAAAAAGUAAAUAUUUAAAAAGAAUAUUCUCUCACAUGUUUUCCACUUGUCCAUUAAUGAAAGGAAGAUGCUUAAAGACUUCCUUUUACCUAAUAGUGUGUAAAUCUAAAACAGGGAUAAAAAGAACAAAAAGGUAAACUGUUUCAAAACAGACCUCCUGAUGUCCUGUCAAAUGUUCCAGUUAUUCUAAAUAAGAAAAUCUUUGUUCAAGGCAGAUAAUCUCAUCAGACCCUGUAUUAGAGCUUCUUUCAUGAGACUACUGUGAAAGUGAGAAAUUUCUUCCAGGCAGCAAUAUUUUAUUGGAAUUUCCAUGUCAUGAUUGAUCAGAUUUUUCUUUAUUUCCCCAUUUUAUUAGUUUAUUUGUAAUCAGCAUUCACAACUAUGCAAUGAUGGUC